AUGGAGAUGGAAAAAUUUGCAGCAUUCACACAUCUCAAACACUACAAAAAGAAAAGCAAAAAUAGCAAGAGAGAAGAUCGAUCUUGGUCUGAUCUUCCAACUGAGAUUCUUGAACAUAUCAUGGCUGACCUAUAUUUAAGUGAUAUAACAAGUUUCCAUGAAGUCUGCAAACAAUGGAGUUCUAUAGAACGUCCCCGAACCCAAUUAUUGAUUAGAUAUGGAUAUGAAUAUCGACAUCGAUGUCGCUCCAUGAAUCAAAUUCCAUGGCUAUUGAUGUCAAACUUGUUGGUGUAUGAUGUCUUGGUUGCGUUUCUACAAAACUCCCAUACCCAUUUGACCUCAUCAUGUACACUCAUAGUCCCAUCAUCUUCUUCUUCUUCUUCUUCUUCCAAGAAAACUUACUCUAUCAAAAUUGAAGGCAUUGGACCUAAUGAUGAUACUCAAGUUUGUAGUACCAAGUUCGGUUGGUUACUACUAUCUCAAACUCAUCCCUACCGGACUACAUUCUUUCUAUACUCUCCCUUUACCAAUGAGAGGAUCGACUUGCCUGAUUUGGAUUCAAAGUUUGAUGUUGCAACAUUCUCCUCAGUGCCCACUUCAACUGAUUGCAUAUUCUUCGUUCUACACUACACAACUAAAGUGACUAUCAGCAUAUGUCGGCAAGGUGACAAGGCCUGGAGCUCAAGUAGUUUCUCCAACGGGUUUUCGCUGAUUAAGGAUGUAGUCUACUCGAAAGGGUUGUUCUAUUGCUCAACAAUUCGUGGUGCAUUAGCAGCUUUCGAUGUCUCUCAACGGUCAUGGAGAGUUCUUUCCGAAUUUAGGCCACUACUGGAUUCUUCAUGCUAUGAUUAUAGUAGUUUUAUGGUUGGAGAUGUAGAAGAGGAACUCUUAUUUAUUCUUUUGAGCAAUUCAGGUGGCUGGGCUUUAGUUCACAAGUUGGAUAGAUCUGUGAAGAUGUGGGUCAAAGUUGAAAACUUAACAGAUAAAUCAUUGUUUGUUAGCUCUGCUAGCACUUCGGUUAUGGUUUCUAAGAACAAGAGAACUGAAAGGGUGAUGAAUAGGGUUUAUCACUGUCUACCCAAUGAGCCGCCAAAGUUCUACUCUUUAAAAGGUUCAAAAAGCUACAUAUCUUCUAGUACUUAUGGUGAUCUUCCCAACAAGGAGUUUCCUAAGAAGUUUAUUUGGAUUGAACCUCCUUGUUAG